AUGGCUGUUGCGUUCCGUCUCAGCACAGCCGUGCUCCCCUCGCUUGCUGCUCCCACAUUCACCCCCACCAACGUCGCAAGGCCCACCCUUUCUUCCGCAUCCCGCGUCGCCUUGCUUCCUUUAAUCGCCGUCCGCUCUUCAGCUGCUCCUCAGCGACCCGCCGCCUGUCGAGCAUCCAUGGCCGUCGACUCGGCCACGUCAACAGGAACCAUGGCUGACGCGGCAGCUCCGGCGACUGACGUCAGCGCGUCCGCUGGCGGCAUGGAUUCGCGCAGCGGGUGCAGGAUAUGCGCGGCGGUGACGGCGACGACGGUGGGGGGAAUGCGCGAGCAGAUGGCGCAGGCGAAGGCGGUGGGAGCGGACACGGCAGAGCUCCGUGUUGACCAUUUGACCGAGUUUGACCCGAGCGUUGACCUCCCUGCGCUCUUGAACGACCGCUGCCUGCCCGUUAUUGUCACAUGCCGCCCCACGUGGGAGGGCGGCAAGUACGCGGAUGCAGACGAGGAGAAGCGGCAGCAGGUGCUGGCGAUGGCCAUGGACAUGGGCGCUGAGUUCAUUGACGUCGAGCUGCAGGUCGCCUCUGAUUUCAUCCAGAAGCACGUUGCGCCUCGCCGUGCCGCUGCCGCUGGUGACGGUGUGACUGCAACGCGUGUGAUUGUAUCAAGCCAUAACUACAGCGUGACUCCACCGCUGGAGGAGCUGCGGGCGCUGGUGGCGCGCAUAGAGGCUGCCGGGGCAGAUAUUGUGAAGUUUGCCACCACUGCCACUGAUAUCACUGACAAUGCACGCGUGUUCCAAAUACUCAAAGAGGCUCAGCGCCCCACCAUAGCGCUGGUCAUGGGUCCCAAGGGCCUCAUCAGCCGCCUCCUCGCGCCCAAAUUCAACGCCUUCCUCACUUUCGGGGCCAUCACCCCCGGCGCUGAGUCAGCGCCAGGUCAGCCGACGGUCGCUGAGCUGGCGGGCACGUACAGGCUGGCGGGGGUGGGCCCGGCAACGCAGGUGUUUGGGCUGGUGGGGAACCCGGUGGCGCACAGCAAGGGCCCUGUGCUGCACAAUGCGGCGCUGCGCCAUGUGGGGUAUGACGGCGUGUACGUGCCGUUCCUCGUCGAUGAGGUGCCGGAGUUCCUCAAGGCUUUCAAUGACCCGGACUUCAAGGGGUUCAGUGUGACCAUUCCCCACAAGCUCGCUGCAUUGGAGUGCUGUCAAGAUGUGGAGCCUCUAGCCAAGAGCAUCGGCGCUGCCAACACCAUCAUUCGAGGGGAGGGUGGGCGGCUGAAGGGGUACAACACAGACUGCAUGGCGGCUAUAGAGGCCAUAGAGGACGGGCUCAGGCAGGCAGAGGGAGGCAGCAGCGCGGAAGCUUCCUCCUCGCCCCUCGCCGGCCGGCUCUUUGUGGUUGUGGGGGCGGGGGGUGCUGGGAGGGCACUGGCCUUCGGUGCUAAAGCAAAGGGUGCGGAUGUGAUUAUAACGAAUAGGAGCUAUGGGAAGGCGGAGGCGCUGGCUGCGGCUGUAGGCGGCACUGCCGUGCCUCUGCCGUCCGGUUCGGGUGAUGGUGAUGUGGCAGCGGGCGGCGAUGAGCUGGCGGCGUUGCUGCGGGAGAUGCAGAGAGGGAGGAGUGGGCGUGCUGUGCUGGCGAAUACGACCUCUGUGGGCAUGCACCCUCAUGUGGACGACUCUCCUGUCAGCAAGGCUGUGUUACAAGAGUGCAGUCUGGUGUUUGAUGCAGUCUACACCCCCAUGGAAACUCGCUUGCUCAAGGAGGCGAAGCAGGCAGGAGCCACAACAGUCAGCGGCAUGGAGAUGUUUGUUGGCCAGGCGGCUCGACAAUUUGAGCUUUUCACGGGAAAACCAGCUCCUGUGUCGUUGAUGCGUGAAGUGCGACCCACCUGGACUUCUCCCAGCCAUCGCGCUUCCUCCAGUCGCUCCCCCUCGCCUUCUUCCCCCACUCUCCCCCUUCCCUCCCCCCACCACUGGAACCUCCCCCAGGUGUCUCCGCGCUGGUUCUGGCUGGAAAAGCGUUCCCGCCGUGCCGUGACUCAUCUCGAUCUCUCCCAGCCAUCGCGCUUCCUGGAAUCCCUCCCCCUCGCCUUCUUCCCCCGCGUCACCUCGCUUGCCCUCAACUGCGCGCUCUAUCGCCGCCCCUGCUCCGCGGACCGCCUCUAUGACUCAAGGGAGCUGCACGUGCUGGAGCUGCUGCAUCUCAAACGGAUCUUAAAUCAACGGCCCUGGGAGAAUCUCGAGUUUGUCGACUCGCAUUUCCUGCUAGAGGGGCUGCCUAAAACGGGGAUGGGCGGUUCGGUUUCAACUCCUGGUGUUACGACCCCGGCUGUUGCAACUCCGGGUAUGGCGACUCCCGGCGGGGUAAUUACCCCGGGCGGGGAAACUACCCCCGGGUUCCCUGGGUCGGAAAAACCCGCUGGUAAAUCCUUUAAGGAGGGCAGCGUGGGGUCAAAGUCAGGCAGAGGGCGCUCAGGAGGGGGGGGCGGGCCGAAGGUGUGGGAUAUGAUGGAGGAGGAGGAGGUGGUGGGAGGAGGGGGAGGAGGAGGAGAGGUGGCGGGUGCAGGGGAGGGAGUGGCGGGUGGGAGAGGAGGGGUUGGAGCUGGGUUUAUGCGGAUUGGGUUCUUUGACAAGUGUGGGGCGUCGCUGCAAUCUCUAAUCCUGGAAGGCGGGCGUAGUGUUACCAACAUUGAGAACAUCGCCAAAGAGAUUUCCAUCAAGACCGUCAAGGGCAACCCGCGCCUGCUCGAGCGCGCCUUCUCCUCCCUCCCUCUCCUCACCUACCUCGACCUCGGCAACCUCAAAAUCGAAACCCCGGGGGCGUCCGGGCCCCUGCUGCUGGGGGCCACGGAUGGGAUGCUGAGGGAGGUAGCGCGGUGGUGUGCGGUGCUGGAGGAGGUGUAUGUGGGGCCGCAUGCGACAGUGGUGGGGGUGGAGGCAGUAGCGGGGAAGUGCAAGCAGCUGCGGGUGUUAGGGGAUGUGACUGCUGCAUGCCGGGACUCCAUGCAUGUCAUGAAUAAGUGGGCCACAAACGAGACGCUAGAGGAGGUCGGGCGUUCGUGCCCGUCGCUGCGCGCGCUGCUCAUCCGUUGCAACGCAGACAUCACAGACGCAGGCCUGGUGGCGCUAGCAGCACUCAACCCCAACCUCACCCACCUCAACGUUUUCGCCCUCGCCCACUCCCUCACAUACAUCUCCCUCGUCUCCGCCGCCCGCCACUGGCACUCCCUCGAAACCCUCAUCCUGCCCUUCUGCGAGCGAGAUGACCACGCCGACCUGCCCGACCUGGUGAAAGUUCUUUCGUCCAGCUGCCCGAAGCUGAAGGUUUUUUCGAUCGGGCUGUGUGCGCAUAGGUAUUUUGAGGCGUUGUUGGAGCUGCUGGGGUCGUGUCCGUCGCUGGAGUAUGUGUAUCUGUAUGAGAGCUGCCAGGAGGGGCAUGAAUUCACCAUGGCUGAUCUGAGGAAGGCUGCUGCCAAGGAGAAGAGGAAGCCGUUGAUUUGCUACGCUGCUGGUUCGGUUGAGGGGAUCUGA